CUAGAAGCACAGCUCGGAGUAAGGAAACAUGGAGCAGUUGCCAGCACUUUCAGGUUUGAACGACAAGCAUCUUGACCUCAAUCAAACUCAUUGCAACUCAACAUGGCGUGAUCUUUUUUUGGGAACUUUCAACACAAAUUUCAUGUCAGAAGAAGAGCAAAAGAUACGAGAAGAACUCGAGAAUGACAUAGAAAGGGAUUUGGAAGAAGAGAUCAAAGAUGGCAUAUGCCGACUUGCUCUCCGCUUGCAUAGGUUGUAUCAACAUAAGGAAGACAGGAACAGACCAAGAUCAUCAACCAACAACGCCAGACCACAAUCUGACCUAAAAAAUGAAGUGCAUAUGGAGAUGAAUAUAACCAUAAAAAUGGACGGAGGAUGUAAGAUUGAAAUAUUUGAAAACAAACCAAAUACUCUGCAUAUGGUUAGACCCAGCAGUUGUCGAUCCAAAGCUAAGCAAGGAAGGACACAAUGUAGCACGAAGCAGUUUGAUUGGUCGAGGACUCUUCGUUCAGGAAUGAGCUCGGUCAUUGCCAUUGGUAAGAAUCAUGGCAAUCAAUACGUAAGGAACCAUAACAAGCCACUUAAAUUGGUAUGGAAAUAUUAAGCUAACCUACAGGCUAAUAAACCUGUUAUGAUGAUAAGCUCCUGGAAGUUCAUGUCUAAUAAGGCUACAGAUUUCAGUGCAGCAGGUUUGCGGAAUAUUUCAAGGAAUUGGUUGUAGCUUUUGGGAGCUCAUGUGUGAGUGCCCUCAGAUUUUAAUGCAAAUAAGUGCGAAGAAUGUCUUCCAAGGCAUUUGUCAGUAGCUCUUGUGAGCCCAGUGUAUAUUUUUUUAAGGUAAAAGCCCGGUGUAUGAAUUGAAUCUUCAGAUAAA